GUAUAUAGAUAUAGAGACCUUGAAGAACAGUCGCGUAAUUGGUUAACCCACAUACCAUUCCCAAGGACAAACAUAGAACUCACUUAUUAGUCUCUACUGGUAAUUUUUCUUCAUUUGGUUUGUUGUCUGCUAGACCUCACAUAAUAUUAAGUUCUGUUUUUUCUUUGUGUUCUAUCACGUAUAAUAAUUACGUAUCUCCAUUUUUCUUGUUACACAUGGUUCUAAAAGCUGUUUCUGAAAUAAGGCAUAUGCCUCAUAUGUUGGCAGAGAGACUUUGACGUACAAAAGUGGUAGUAUGAGAAACCAUUAGCCUAAUACCUGAGGCUUGAAAAAACCAGUGAAUAUUUAAAAGUUUAUCUAGUGUCUGUCAAAAAACCUUUCCCAAGACUUCUAACGUUUUAUCAAAGGCCCCAGACAACCAAAAAAGUUGAAAUAAAGGCGAACAAAGGGGAAAUAAAGGGGUAAAUGCUUUGGUAGCGAAAGGGAAAAACGCAUAAGAACGUCACCUUUCUCGCCUGUCCGGGGGAAAUAAUGCGGAUAUCCCCCUUUUUCGCCGUUUUGUCGAUAAAUUACUCACUUUUCGCCUAAAUAUCCGCAAAACAUAAAGCGUUUUAUGUUUUAUUUGUGCUUUGGCCAAUUGAAGUGGCAAAGUAGCAUGUGAACUAUCUCCAUAUAAAGUCCAGAUGUCGUAACGUGGAAUUCAGACGUCCGAACACUGGAAAACAAAUUGUGACCUCAUUCGUAAACUUUUGUAUAGAAACUUAACUUCGAAUAUUCGACUGUUGAUAUUGUUGGUUUUUAUUGUCUGAAGUAUAACUGAUGUGUCUUUAUCAAUAUAUACCGUAAGUAACGACGAUUAUUAAUUUUCUGCCUGAACAAUUUGUACCUCAUCACUUUCUAUGUCAGUCUUGCGUUACCGACUAUUUUGAAAACUGAUUUUUUACGCACAAUGUAGUCAUAACUUUCUAAAAUUUCCGCUUUUAAUAUUUAGUCUGAAUUAAUCGAUUCCGACAAAUCAUUGUAUACACAGAUGCCUAGUACAUUAUGGAAUCCGAUUUUUCCCAUACUGAGUAGGGAGUUUAGUUGCCGUAGUUUCAACUUAAUUCGACACUUCGAGCCGCAGACACCGAAAGAAGUCGGACCAAAUGAUCGGAACAAUCGCCUUCCUAAGUCGUAUGAAUUGAUGAUGCGAACCAUACAAAACAGAGUAGGUCCGACCCAGAGGCCCCGCAAAAGACUAUACACCAUAUUGCUUUCUCGUCGAGAGAACAAAAUGUCGGAAUCAGUUAGGAUGUCCACUCCCGAAGGGCGAGCGCUCAUUUUUAAGAGACUUAUUGAUGGACAAAAACGUUUGUGGCCGCAUGCUUGGUAGUUUGUUUGCUUCAACUUCCCAGACAUAUUUUUGAAAAUUUGUGUACUUCUAUUUCACUCUGUCUUCAAAUAUAGUGCGUAUUAACGACUAA